AUGUACUUACAGUCCGGGAUACUUCCAGAAAACAAAGCUGAGGCGCGAAAGAUCCAAUACAAAUCAGAACAUUAUCAGAUGGCAGACGGGAUACUGUAUCGGAAGUCAUAUCUUGGCCCGCUGCUAAGAUGUGUUGACGCCGACGACGCGAAUUAUCUGAUCCGGGAAGUACAUCAAGGCAUUUGUGGUAUCCAUGCCGGGCCGAGAAUGGUAGUGGCAAAAGUAAUGAAUGCCGGAUACUACUGGCCCGGGAUGCAUCUUGAUGCCGUGAAAGAAUUGAGAAAAUGCACUGGCUGCCAGAGGCACGCGCCAAAGACCAUGCGCCCCAAGAACGAACUGGUGCCAGUAACGACCGCAUGGCCUUUUCAACAAUAG